AUGCGUUUGUUUUUCCAAGCUAACUUUCUCGCGGUCUUUAUUGUAAUGACUGUCAAAGGCGAUGGAUCUUCUUCAUCCUGCCCCAAGCCGUACGACAAGAUGACGUUAUGCAACCUGAUGUGUAACCUCCUACAGGAUUCGAGCGCAAACGACGCCAUUAAACUGUUACAAGCGAAACUGGAAAGUCUCGUUGCAGUGAUGAACAAACCUGCAAUAACAACAGGUAAACUAUAGCAGAUAUUAACGAACUCUCACUUCUUCGACGCAUUUGUCUUCCGUUCUCACGCGUCUUAUUUUGCUAAGCGAGAGGAUCUGAAGACAUUAUUAAUAGAAACCUUUUUAUUUCCUAUUUGAUUACAGUCAUUGCCGCUUCCUCGUGCAAGGAACAGUAUGAAAAACACAAGUGAGCUUGAGUCUUGAAUAGAUAGAUACAGUGUUGUGAAAUAAGGCGAUUGGCACCAAGAAAAACUGGCUUUUUCUAUUUAAGAGAUGCUAUAAAUUUUUUCUUAAAAAUUUGACAUUCAGUCAAAAAUGGCAAGAGCUGCCGAUACAUGGAAAAUAUAAUAAUGCAGUGGGUGUUACGUUCGCCAUUUUCAAUUUCGUAGUUCGACCAAAAGCCAAGUGUACACGCUGAAGUUUGGUUCGCAAAAGAUUCCUGUUUACUGUCACAUGGGCAACUUUGGAUGCGGAGAUGGAGGGUGGACACUGGCCAUGAAGAUUAAUGGCACAAAGGUAAACGAUUGUCCUGGCAUACGGAAGUUAUGUAUAUAGUGUAAAGCUGAUGGGUUCUUAUUUGUAUUUCAGAAAACUUUCCAUUACAACUCUGGGUUUUGGAGUAACAAGAAUUCCUAUAACCCUCCAGGAGGUAAGACCGGGUUUGACGAUCAAGAGACUAAACUGCCAACCUACUGGAACACAUCCUUCUCCAAGAUCUGCCUGGGUAUGAAGAUCGGCAAGCAGAUCAAGUUCAUUGUUAUCAACAAGAAGGCCGCAUCUCUGCAUUCAUUGAUCGCAGACGGGAAGUAUCGCGCCACGUCACUGGGUCGUAACACGUGGAAGAAGCUGAUUGGAUCUCGGGCCUCUCUACAACCUAACUGUAACAAGGAAGGGUUCAAUGUUGGUCGUGGGUACAAAAUCCCAGGAGCCAGGAUUGGCUUCCUUGGAAACAACGAAAAGGAAUGCAAAACAUGUGACUCAUGGAUUGGAUUUGGCACCGCAACCAGGUCUGACAGCUACACCACGUGUGGUAACCAAGACAAAAACAUCAAAGCGAUGGGGUACAUCUUGGUUCAGUAAAGUUAAUAUGAACUGACCUGUGCAUUGUUUUUCUCAAAAGCAAAUGAGAAAUUAAAGAGUAAUUUAAACCUGUUUGUAAUGGUGGUAUUAUGUAGACUCUGACAAAUCCAUUGACCUCCUAGCAUUGGACACUGACAGCAUUGAGCGAGAAAAACGAGUAACUUACUGACUUAAACUGGGGGAAUUAGGAACUUAAGGACAAACACUUACUCAGAAACGUUCUCUGUUGAUCGUCAGUGACCAAACGAUCAAACAAAAUAACCUUAACUGUUAGAAGGGACAAACAUAUACCUACCCGCUGAUUCGUGAAACUGCUUUUCCCCAAUACCAAUAGAGUGAUUCGCAUUCAACUCGACUCAACACCAAUAACAGUAAUAAAGAAAAAUGACAAUUUACCCUUUCAUCAAAUCCAAAUUGUUGUUAACUGCCCAACGCAACGCAAUACACCAAAAUGUUGUUAACAGAACGAUACGAAUUUGUUAGCAGCACAAUGUCUUGGAACUGAGCAAAUGUGUCAUAAACGGUGUGUUUGAAAUUGAGUGACAUGUCAGCAAACAUUCCAGAAUUAUACUAUUUUUAUUUUUGUUUCUUCAACAAAACUACCAUCGAAUUAAGUUUGUGAUCACGAAUUUAUUCGUAUUCUCAUAUUUAAGAGUGCAGAGAAUUUGGGCCCAUACUUUUGCCACUACAAUAGGAAGCCAUCACGGUCGGUACAAUUAGCAGCCUGACCUGUUCUGAAUCGCUCUGUUAUUGAGAGUGUUUCUAUUGAAAAGAAAGAAAAUCGCAACCCCGGGUAGAACCUGGACCACGAACCCAGACCUUUCGUAUCCUAAUUUCUCUCCCUUACCACCACACUACCACACCGACCCGCCAAAAUUUAUUCCGAAAAAUUUAAGUCUAUAAACUAGCAAACUGUCUCUCUUAACUGAUACGUCAAUAACAGGUGACCCUAGUCCUUUCCAUAACUUUAAACAUGGAUUCAAGUUAGGGUUCAACGUCGCUCUUUCUAAGUCUAUUCAAAAACGUACUAUAUUCAGUAUUUACCUUAAUGUAACUUAACCUAGGGAAUAUAUUUCAUCUAUCGUGACUAAAGGCUUGGUUACCAAUGGUGGCAUCGACCGUCAAAAAUGGCAACGACCAUUUACGAAAGAGAAAUAGGCGUUGUAGUCCAGAUAGUUUAUAUAGCGAUUAUGAUGCCUCUUGCCAGCUACAAAGGUGUUGGUCUUGAAACUCGCCCCAGUCCCUUCGCGCAUAAUGAUCAUUUGAAGCCGAAAUUGUCCCUUUGUUGCCUUUUUGAGAUAAAACGAGAACGGUGACUUCCCCUUUUUAAAUUAGUGUUAUUUGCUCUUUAUGGCGACAUGAAAAAUGUACUUUAAGGAGGAAAAAAUAUGUAUAGUCGAAGUUGUAUUGUUUAGAUAUGAAUGACGUGAAACUCCCUAUUUACAGCCACAAGAAGUACGGGAUUAAAUGCUAAAAUUGUCCAUUUUCCUACACUUUUUACAAGAUCGGGUAAUUUGAAGUCACUUUCGUAAAAAAUUAUAGCCUAGACAAACAAACGGGCUUUAAGUUUUCAUAAGAUUCAUAGUCGGUUUUCGCAGUAUCAUAAGGAUUUUUGACGGUGGUUCAAGUUUCGAACAUUUCGCGCGCAACUAGGACAAAAAACUUAAAAUCAUGGCCACGCAGGGCGGAAACAAGUACGGUCACCCCAUAUUUUGACAAUUCUUUUCUGUUCUUGGAAAAUCGGAAUGAAUAAUCACUUCUGAACUCUGAGCGCGUGCUCAAAGGGGGCUGUAGUCUCUUAUUUCGACCAAUGCGCAACAGUAUUCUAGUCUUCGGAUGUCUUUGGCUGUAUACGGACAGUUUCGGUAAUCUUCGGAUCUUUUGAAGUCCUCAGGAAUCUUCGGAAGUCUUUGGAAGUCUUCAGAAAUAAUCGGAAUUGUCGAAAAAUGUCCGAAAAGUUCUUGAUGUACCAAACACAAUAAUAUUGUUGGCUUUUUUGGAACCGUUCUGUUUUUUUCCCAAAACACUUUACUGUUACAGUGAUCUUUUCACUGUUAGUGUUUAAAUGCCUAAAAUUUCACUAUUUCAUUUUCCAGAGCAAAAAAAUUAAGUAUUUAGUGUUAUCGAGGUACCCACAUUCGGACCCUCUUUUAUAAUAUUAGAUAUUACAGUUUUCCAAUGCAAUGUCCUAAAUAUGGCUGAUAAUUGUGCCAAGUUUGGAAAAAAUCUGGAUGAUACAAAAAAAUUACAAACAGCGCCUUGUGCGCCUUGUUAAUUUGCAAACCCCGACUACACCAAAUGUUGUCUGGCAACUGAUUCCGUCCUGAGCCUUAUUCUUUGCUGCUAAAAAUACAAGGAAAGCUACUUGCAAUAGUGUAUAAAACCGAGAGGCAAGUUAUUUAAAAACACCAGCUGUACUUUUCAGACUUUUGCUGUCAGUCUGUCUCACGUUUCAAAGUCAAUGAUCUGUUAUAAAAGAAAUAAAAAGGAAAAGCUGUCCUAAAACUGGGGCUUUACCUUAGCAUGUAAGUGAUAAUUAGAACAAUUAGUGUCGAUCAGUUAACACAAGUUAAAUAAAUCGGCAUCUAACACAUUUCCCCUCAUGGAAAUCAUAUCUACUUUCCGUUCCUGAGAUUGACAUAGGCUGCACACUAAAUCAAUUAUGUUUUGCUCAUGGGGCAUAGUUAACAACAGCGACGUUCGUGUUAUCAGUAAUGGAAAUAAAUAUCUAACUUUAACAUUAUGCCACGUGGACGGGAUAAUUGAACACGCUACAGAUACUGCUUUUGUUCUAUCAAAUUCCUGUUUAUGUUUUUUUUAAAUUUAAUUUUAUUAUCCAUAAUUUGAUUAAAACUAAGGUCGGUAAAAGAAACAAAUUCAAAUGAGAAUGUCUCAAUUUACUGGGUAUGAGAUUAUCGUUAUUUAUAAUAAUCUCUGGUAAAUCAUUAUAAUCUCCAAAACAUCGAAACGAAACAUAUUUAAAACAGACAGAAGAUUUGAACCCACGUCUUUCAAAUGCCAAUGAUGAUAAUUCGCACUUAAUACCAAAGCGCAUUUCAGUUUAAAAUUUCUCUCUACUCAGUGAAGGAUCAAAAGUAACUAUUAUUUUUGUGUGCAUGCCUUAAACAAGUUUUUAACAAGCGUCCGGAAUGUUGGUGAUUUUUGUACUGUCAAAUUUGCGCUUCGUUUCUAUUUUUGGCCAUGUCAACGUCCUCAGUGUUGGGUUGAAGACCAACACAAAAGAGGCAACGACAUUUUGACUUCACAAUUAGGCCUGAAGGUAGCCCCAGUUACACCGCCGCAUUUCACAUGUGCCAAAUUUAAUGUUGAUGAGCAAAAAAUUGGUCAUCAUUGGCCUUUCACUUUUUAAAUGAACUGGUCAGGAUGUUAAAUCUUCGGGAGGAACGAUGUUGAAGUGAUUAGAGAUCUUGAUUUUUCUCUUGCUCAGCUUGGUCAAACAAAAGCCUUCAUAGGUUGUUCUUUUUUUUUUUUUUUUUACAGCGUUGUAGAAGUCAUUACUGCCAAUACGACCCUGGGACUUCAUUUAGGUCGAGAGCUAUCGCCUUUAUCUUUCCUUGUGCGAAUUUAUUUCUUUGACCCACAAUCAACAAGUAAAAUUUGAAUGAACAAAUUUCUCGACACGGCAAAGAGGUACUGAGGUGAGUAACAAUCAAUGCAAACCCGGAGCAAGUUGAUUGGUCAAAGCUCUAAGCAUGAAAAUAUUCCGAAAUGUAAACAUAACCUUCUUCAUUACCUCAGUAGCUGUGUACAACCAUACGUUAGAGACGAGAGGUGCUGAUUCACAGAGACUUGGCUUGACAUUUACUUCAAGUUUUUUUAAAAUGCGUUUGUUUUUCCAAGCUAACGUUCUCGCGGUCUUUAUUGUAAUGACUGUCAAAGGCGAUGGAUCUUCUUCAUCUUGCCCCAAGUCGUACGACAAGAUCAUGGUAUGCAACCUGAUGUGUAACCUGCUACAGGAUUCGAGCGCAAACGACGCCAUUAAACUGUUACAAGCGAAACUGGAAAGCCUUGUCGCAGUUAUGAACAAACCUGCGAGAACAAAAGGUAAACUAUAGCAGAUAUUAACGAUUUUUAACUAAGUUGUAAUAACUCGCAAGAAGUGCUGCUAGCCAUAUGAGACUGAACUUUAAUAACUCGCUGGUGAAAAUGUAUUCUAAUGAGCUUUCACUUUUUCGACGCAUUUGUCUUCCCUUCUCAAGCCUCUUAUUUUGCUAAGCGAGAGGAUCUGAAGUCAUUCUUAAUAAAAAACCUUUUUAUUUCCUAUUUGAUUACAGUCAUUCUCGCUUCCUCGUGCAAGGAACAGUAUGAAAAGCACAAGUGAGUUUGAGUCUUGAAUAGAUAGAUACAGUGUUGUGAAAUAAGGCGAUUGGCACCAAGAAAAACUGGCUUUUUUAUAAGAGAUGAUAUAGAUGUUUCCUUAAAAAUUUGACAUUCAGUCAAAAAUGACAGGAGCUGCCGAUACAUGCAAAAUAUAAUAAUGCAGUGAACGUUACGUUCGCCAUUUUCAAUUUCGUAGUUCGACCAAAAGCCAAGUGUACACGCUGAAGUUUGGUUCGCAAAAGAUUCCUGUUUACUGUCACAUGGGAAACUUUGGAUGCGGAGAUGGAGGGUGGACACUGGCCAUGAAAAUUAAUGGCGCAAAGGUAAAACGAUUCUAAUGGCAUACGGAAGUUAUGUAUAUAGUGUAAAGCUGAUGGGUUCUUGUUUUUAUUACAGAAAACAUUCCAUUACAGCUCUGGGUUUUGGAGUAACAAGAAUCCCUAUAACCCUCCAGGAGGUAAGACCGGGUUUGACGAUCAAGAGACUAAACUGCCAACCUACUGGAACACAUCCUUCUCUAAGAUCUGCCUGGGUAUGAAGAUCGGCCAGCAGAUCAAGUUCAUUGUUAUCAACAAGAAGGCAGCUUCUCUGCAUUCCUUGAUCGCAGACGGGAAGUAUCGCAGCACGUCACUGGGUCGUAACACGUGGAAGAAGCUGAUUGGCUCUCAGGCUUCCCUGCAGACUGGGUGCAACAAGGAGGGGUUCAAUGCGGCCAGUUCCCGCGACUAUGCUAAGACACGAAUCGGCAUCCUUGGAAAUGACCAACGAGAUUGCCACACCUGUGAUUCCAAAAUUGGGUUUGGAAAUGGAGGGCAAACUGACGAUUCCAACACAUGUGGAAACAACGCUAUCAAAGGAUAUACAUCGGACAAUGGAGGGAGAAGCAUCAAAGCCAUGGGAUAUAUCUUGGUGCAGUAGACUGAGCUCAAUUUUCUACUACCUUACUGUACACGAAAAAAGUGAAGCAAUAAAAGGUUAUUUAACUAUUUGUGCUCUGUUAUUGAAACCAGAGAGGUCCAUUCCACUGAGGAAGUCACUUAUUUACCGACGAUAGCUAAGGAGUGAUCGACAAAUACGAAUGGCGUUCUAACCAACAUGGUAACUGAUGAAUAGGUUUUCAUAAACCCGUCUUCCUGGCUGACAAAAUUACAACUGAAUUGUUUAAGACUCAGCAAAGGAAAGCCAGACUGUCGCAAUGAAUAUCAGAACAAAUGCCGAAACCAAUGACGAACAAAUUAGUGAACUAAGUAAAGUUAUGCUCAGACUAGUAUAGUAUGAACAGCAACGACACAGAAAUGGCACACACACACAUACCCACAUCGAACAUUGUGCCAGAGCGGUUGGGCUCCCUGCACAAAAUCCCAAUCCUCACUGCCAAAUAUUUACUUCCGUCUCAGUGGAUUCCAGUCUUCGUCAUCGUCCUACUAAAAUUUGCUUAGAAAAUGAAGACAUGGGGGGGGGGAGAUCGCGAAAGUCAUCAAAAGUUAUUAGGGGGGAUCACUUUAGUGAAGUAACAUUCAAAGGGGGGAUCGGCUAAAUUUCACCUUCUUUAGCCCCAAAUCCUCAGCCCCACCCCCAGGUGAUAAAUAAUGACCUGUCCCUAAGCAACAUCAUCUUGUAACUCAGAUCUCCCACGCUCUAGAGGAGUCGAAGAGUCUGUGGUCAGGCAUCUGUGAGAUCUGGGUUCAAGAUUGUCCAACAGCACGUUCAAAUUUUCCUGUUUCAAUUAUCAGCAGCUUUAAUGACGUGCGAGAAAAAAAAGAGAUCGGUUUUCCCAUCACUAUUCGUAAUUCAACACGAUACUAUCAUUUAUGUUUUCAGAAACUGUAUUGGCCACGCUUUUGCCCUUGGUGAGAUUAAAACGGCUAUUGCGAUGAUCCUUCGAAAGUAAGUCAAAAAACUAAAACAACUGUAGUUUGAUGAUAACGAGGCGAAUCAACUCUCAUUUUUACAGGGUUAGUUUCUAUCUCAAGUUAUUAUAUGCAGAGUCCCUUUCGCAGGCAACUCGCGUUGAACUUGUUUUCGCUGAGCCACUUGAUUAUAAGUGUUCCAUACAUUGAUUCAAUGUGUUUUUGUGUUCCUCAACAUGAGCGCUGACCUCGUCCCCGGGAAUGCUCGUCUUUGGAGAACGAGAAGACUCUGGGGACAAUUUUACAUUAGCCUCCGCUGCAGGCUAGUUCAAGUUCACUACAAAUACUUAAGCGGCCUACGGCUAGGGGGCAUGUACUCACGUGACUAGGGGCUCUAUUUCAUUGGAAGAGAAGAGAGUGUUUACAUGAGAAAAGAGUUGAACUUGCACAGGAUUAUUGUAACACCGUAUUGAUACACCAGUAGGCAGGCCUUUCUGAGGGUGGUGGGGGUGAAUAGACCAAUAUAAAAAGGCUUUAUAAUUGCUGCAAAGUGAUAACUUGGUUGCCUUCUUACAUGUUUGAUUUAAGCGUAGCCCCACAGAACAUUGUAUCAAAUGAAGAUCUCCAAUCUCACCUGAUUCUUAAAGCGAGGAAUGGCAUCGUGGUCAAUAUUUCACCGAGAUCCACUCCUUAGAAGGUAAAAACGACACAGGCAUGUUCAAACUCAGCUGAUUAAAUGUAAGAAGUGCUAAAUACUUUGUUAUGUAUAGGCACCAUCGCAAUUUUAGAAACGAGAAGAACCUCGAGUUAGCAGUGAAUAGUAACGCAGGAGCGACACUAAGUCGCUAUUUAUAAUUAAUAUCUCUGGGAAAUCUGAAGGGCCCUUGGAGAAUAGCAAAUGGAAAAUGAUGGCCACAUUUUAUACAAACAGCUUCGUUCAGGGCAGGAAAAACGUUUCGGGCAUGAUAUCUGUGGAUGCCAUUUUGGCAAAGUAAGGCGCACGUUUUCAAGACUGUAUUUCUCGAAUUUUUUUCUUUAUACUUUCGCUUCAAUUUUAUCUUUGAUGGGUGAUUGAAAAGCCCUGGCAUGUACAAAAUAUUAGUAUUUUUUACCGUAAAAACGAAUAUUAUCUCUGAUUCUUGGGGCAUUCUCUUUUUCCAUUUAAAAUCGGUCGCUUUUGGGAAAUUAUCGUAAAAAAUUGUUCAAGCUAGUGCGUGGUUCUUAUAAAACAUUUUGAGUUCAAGUAUUUUUUUGAGCCCCUCAGAAAUUAAUAUUCUUUUGUUAGGGUUCAUACGUCCUAUUUAGCUAAAAGACGAAAAAUGAUUUUAAAUAAACUAUCAACUAGGUGUUUGUCGCAAUAAGGAGAACGAAUUUUAGCGUGCUGUUGUGUUUUGUGUGUGUACCUGAACACAUCUCUGAGAUUUUUAAUGUCAACAGAACAACGGAUCGACAAUGCAACAUUGUAAUGUCGAUAUUGAAUUUUCUGGUGUACCUCUCCUGAAAACGGGCUUACAUGUAAAGGUUAAAGAGAAAAAAUGCCAAAAAAUAUAUUUAAACAAAGCAAUGUUGAAAAAUGUAAAAUAUAGGAAGCUACUUCUGUGAAUAAUUUUAAAAAAUAAUUAUAAUUACUCAGUCAGUUGACAUUAUAUAGUCCAAUGAUCUGUUUCCACAUAGCUUCACCCAAUAGGAAUCAUGUGUGUUUCCAUUUCUUCCUGACGCGAAAAUGCUUAGAUCAUAGCUACUAGCGACAAGAAUAAGAGGUCAAUUGUGUUUUAAGAGGGGGUCAUGUGGUGCCUAUCACGUUCUUUUGCACUGAGAAGUUUGUACGACAUAUGACAUGAGGCGAUUAAACACGCUAAAAUUGCUUUUCGUCUAUCCAAUCCUUGUUUGUUAUGCCUCAAAUUGAAUUUAACUAUUGAUAAAAUGUGAUUCAAAUUAAUGGGCAAUGAAAGUUAAUCAAUACUAUGUGAGAUUUUCGUAAUUUCAAACCAUUUAUAUAAAUCGUGAUGAAAAUCGCCUAAAUAUCGAUUUGUUUUUGAAUUUCACCUUUCUAGCCAGGAUCAGUUUUUCAGGUUUUCAAGUAAAAUCAGAAUGCCAAAUAUCGGAAUGAUUCGAUUUAGCGCAGGGAAGAUAACUAUUACAAAGUUUUACAAGAAGGUAUAUGUUAACAGGCUAAGGUAAAAUGACGGAUUGAGUCGAUAGUGAUCUAAAAAUUAUCAUUAUUUGUCUUUUCUGCCUUAUAUGUUUUUAAGUUGAACGAUUGUAAAUCGUCUGCCGGAGAAUCCAUUAGAGCCAUUCACGCAAUGUUUAAUUCGGUCGUUGUAUUUUUUUCUUUUACCUAAGUUUGUUCUUGAGCGUAUCUCGCCACACGGCCAUACGAUGGUGAGCCUCUAUGAUUAUUUCCGACGAAAUCGAAGUCGCGACGAUCGUUAAUCAGAGAUGAAACGAAAAUCUUAGAAAUUAUAGCGACUAUAGCAUUGCCACUCCAAUCAAGUUUGGCAACCGUGAGUGAUGCGAUGAUGACAAAGGAAUCUGCCACAAAGUGUGAAACGUUCAGAAUUUUUGUUGGGUUUGCUUUUUAAAGCUAUUUCCUUUUUAUUUUCUCGUUUCCUUCGUCGUGGUCGUAGUUGUUCGAGCUAACCCUAACCCUAAAACCCACGAUUUGAUGGAAAACGCGAGACGCCAAAAACAGAGGCUGGAUGAGGAGAUUAUAAUAAACACUUCAGAAGCUGAACUCAAGUGACGAAUCUCAUCCAAGUUACAGAUCUCAGUUUAGUUUUCAUUCUGGCACUUGUUGACUUCAUUCGGGUCGAAAGAGACCGACCUUGUAUUUUCCUUCCUAGAUUUCCUGAAUAUCGUUCUUUUUAAUCACGAUCUCUUCAAACGAUAAAAAGUUACAACAAGUAAAAUUUGAGUGAACAAGUCGCUUAUGAGACAGGGAGGUACUGGGGCGAGUAAAGGCAAAACAGACCUGGAGUAAGAUGAUUGGACAAGGCUGUAAACAAGAAAAUAUUCCCAAAUAUCAAACACAUCAGUUUUUAUUUCGCUGGAAAUACAGAUGUAAAACCCUGGGCUAGUCACAAGACCUGGUCAGUCACAGAACCUUUAUUUGCUUGUUGAAAAGAAACGUUUAGCUCAAGUUCUCAAAAUGCGUCUGCUUUUUCAAGCUUACUUUCUCGCUAUCUUUUUCGUAAUGACCGUCAAAGGCGACGGAGCUUCUCCAUCCUGCCCCAAGCCGUACGACAAGAGGAUGGUAUGCAACCUGAUGUGUAACAUUCUACAGGAUUCAAGCGCGAACGACGCCAUUAAAAUGUUACAAACGAAACUAGAAAGUCUCAUUGCUGAGUUGAACAAACCAGGGAUAGCACAAAAACCAGGUAAAUUGUUGCAGCUGUGAACGACUUUUUAGCUCAGUGAGGUUUGUAAAGCCACAAGCAGUGCUUCUAACCAGAGGAAAACUUCACUCACGAGUGAAUUAUAAUAAACUUUCGCUUUUUCCACAAAGCUGUCUUAAAAAGGUCGCGCCUUUUGUAUUUUAUUUAGCCAGAAAGUCCGUAUGAAGUCGUUAUUAAUUAACACCAGAAUUUUUGAAUUUCAUACAGCCGUUCCCGCUUCCCCGUGCCAGGAACAGUAUGAGAAACACAAGUGAGUUCCUAGAUACAAGUUAUGUCAUGAGAAAGGUGAUUUUUAACUGAAAGACACUGGCGGCACUGGAGAAAAUAUCCGCGUACUUCCAGUAGGAGUCGAACCUAUGACCUUCAGGUUACUAGUCCAGAUGCUCUACCACCGAGCUACGGGCGAAUCGUGGGAGCUAAGGCUACUAAACAAGCUAGGUUCAAAUAAGUACUGACAAAAAGGCAAUCACCGCGAAGAGACACUAUCCUUUUCUUUUUCGAAAACAGCUUUGAAACGUUGAUCUUCAAUAUUUUGACGCACAGUCAAGAAAGAACAAGAGUAGUCCAGAAAUGCAAAAAUGAUCUUUGGUGAAAUAAACCUGACAGUCACUAUUUUCAUUUUCGUAGUUCGGCCAAAAGCCAAGUGUACACGCUGAAGUUUGGUUCGCAAAAGAUUCCUGUUUACUGUCACAUGGGAAACUUUGGAUGCGGAGAUGGAGGGUGGACGCUGGCCAUGAAGAUUAAUGGCGCAAAGGUAAACGAUUGCCCUGGCAUACGGAAGUUAUGUAUAUAGUGUAAAGCUGAUGGGUUCUUGUUUGUAUUUCAGAAAACUUUCCAUUACAACUCUGGGUUUUGGAGUAACAAGAAUCCCUAUAACCUUCCAGGAGGUAAGACCGGGUUUGACGAUCAAGAGACUAAACUGCCAACCUACUGGAACACAUCCUUCUCCAAGAUCUGCCUGGGUAUGAAAAUCGGCAAGCAGAUCAAGUUUAUUGUUAUCAACAAGAAGGCAGCUUCUCUGCAUUCACUGAUCGCAGACGGGAAGUAUCGCGCCACGUCAUUGGGUCGUAACACGUGGAAGACGCUGAUUGGUUCUCAGGCCUCUCUACAACCUAACUGUAACAAGGAAGGGUUCAAUAUUGGUCGUGGGUACAAUACCCCAGGAGCCAGGAUUGGUGUCCUUGGAAACAACGAGAAAGAGUGCAAAUCAUGUGACUCAUGGAUUGGAUAUGGCACUGCAACCAGGUCUGACAGCUACACCACGUGUGGAAACCAAGCCAACAGCGGAGGUGAUAAUGGAGACAAAAACAUCAAAGCCAUGGGGUACAUCUUGGUUCAGUAAAGUUAAUAUGAACUGACUUGUGCAUUGUUUUUCUCAAAAGCAAAUGAGAAAUUAAAGAGUAAUUUAAACCUG